AUGAGUAACGGAAAUCACCGCGACAUAAAAGUAGAGGAUGAGGAUAAUCAACCACUGGCCGACAAGUUCAGGGCGAAACGUCACUACUCAGAUUCAAGUGAUGAGGAUGACAUCCCCCUAUCACAAAAGUAACCAUCCUCCAUUUAUUCCUCACCUCCUAGGAUGGAAGACGUUAAGAAGAGGCUCUCUGUGACCCGCCCUCCGCAACUGCCGGUUAGUCCUAACACACUGUUUUUACUUUCAUAGGAAAAGCGCCGUAAGCUCGAAAGCAACGAUGUCAAGCCUAAAGUCCAAACCCAACAAAACCCUCAAAAGACAAAAACAAGCGUCAAAUCGGAACAGUCCACUCCCCAAAAAAGAGCAGCUAAAAACGAGGAGCAAGAGAACCUCUGGAAAUGGUGGGAAGAAGAAAAGAAGGAUGAUCGCGUCAAGUGGAACUUCUUGGAGCACAAAGGACCCAUGUUUGCGCCCCCAUAUGAGCCGCUUCCUCCCAGCGUUCGUUUCUACUACGACGGCGUUCAAAUGCGUUUAUCUCCGGAGGCGGAGGAAGUGGCUGGGUUUUACGCACGUAUGCUCGACCACGAGUACACUACAAAGGAGAUCUUUAAUAAUAACUUUUUCCGUGAUUGGCAAAAGGUACUACGCUUAACUUCGAUUAUUCCUUUAGACGAUGACUGAAGACGAAAGGAGAAUAAUAAGGCGGCUUGACAAGUGCGACUUCAAACCCAUGUUCGAAUACUUCAAAGAAAAGUCCGAAGAACGGAAGAAUAUGUCGAAGGAGGAAAAGCAGAAAAUAAAAGAGGCUAAUCAGGCUAUUGCUGACGAAUAUGGAUUUUGCACACUGGACGGACACAAACAGCGAAUUGCAAACUUCAAAAUAGAACCGCCAAAUCUAUUCCGCGGCCGUGGGGAUCAUCCAAAGAUGGGUAUGCUAAAGAAGCGGAUCAUGCCCGAAGAUAUUAUUAUUAAUUGUUCGAAAGACUCAAAAAUUCCCAUUCCCCCACCCGGCCAUAAGUGGAAGGAAGUGCGCCACGACAAUACAGUUACUUGGCUGGCCUGUUGGAUAGAGAAUAUACAAAGCAAUUUCAAGUACAUUAUGUUGAACGCGUCCUCUAGGCUAAAGGUAUGGUCAUUUGGUGAACUGCAUUCUCUCAGGGUGAGAAAGAUUGGAAAAAGUACGAAACUGCGCGCAAGUUACACCAAUAUGUUGACAAAAUCCGAGCAGAUUAUCGGACUGACUUCAAAAGCAAGGAAAUGCGCAUCCGACAAAGGGCGGUCGCGCUCUAUUUCAUUGACAAGGUAAUCCACCCGUAUUCAGACUCAUAUGUUUCCUCCUCCUUUCUUCUUGGAAGCCUCUUCACGUUGCGGGUAUUUAAGAUUUGAUCAAAAUGGUCUUCAACUGUUCGUACUUCCAGCGAGUUUUGUUUUCUUGUCUGCUGCGUUUAACCGUUCAAGUUGUCUUAACAGGCUAAGUAGAUGCUGUGAUCGGCCACCACAGUCCUCUGCCACUUGGCGUAUCAUUCACACUGUUUGGAGACGACCGUGCACGUCGUUAGCCCUCUAAGGCAUCCAUCGAUCUACGGUUUCUUGCGUAGUCAUGUUUCUCAGUCUGGCUUGCCUAUGCCAUUAGGUCAUUUGCAGCACCAUCCCAUCUGUGCGCGUUUGUUGCCAUUACAAGUGCACUUUUCAGUUCUACGCAUAGAAAAAAAGACUAUUAAAUGGUUCAACAUGCUUAAAUGACAUUUUGCAGCUUGCUCUGCGUGCGGGUAACGAAAAGGAUGAAGACGAAGCAGAUACUGUUGGCUGCUGCUCUCUGAGGUGUGAGCACGUCACUCUACAUGAGGAGCUAGAUGGAAAACCCUUUGUCGUUGAAUUUGACUUUCUCGGAAAGGAUUCCAUCAGAUACCAGAAUUCCGUUCCUGUCCCGAAACGAGUCUUCAAAAAUUUGAAAUUAUUUAUGAAGAACAAGCAAGGAAGCGAUGAUCUUUUUGAUCGUCUGAAUGUAAGUCUUCUGGCGUUCUUGGUUCAUUAUUUUUCAUCAGACUUCAAUUCUGAACCAGUAUCUGCGAGAGCUCAUGGAGGGUCUUACUGCGAAGGUUUUCCGUACUUACAAUGCUAGCAGAACAUUGGAGGAACAGCUAGAAUUAUUGACAAAUCCAGACGACAAUGUAGCUGCGAAACUCCUGUCUUACAAUCGUGCCAACAGAGCUGUUGCCGUCCUGUGCAACCAUCAGCGCGCGGUUCCGAAGACGUUCGCAAAGUCCAUGGAGAAUCUUCAAAAAAAGGCAACUCCCAUUUUGAAUUCGAUUCAUAAAUUUAUCCUAGUUGACUCCAUAAGUUGUUUCCAAUCGACUAUUAUUCGCCCCUCAUUAUUUACUAGUCAAUGUUCUUCACACUUUCUCUUGUUGUGCACCCGCUUAUUAAGCGUGUUAUUGUUUUUGCCAGUUGACCCAGCCCACUUGCUGCUUUUAACCUAUAUUUGUAUAAGUCAGGAGUUGUGGCCUUGCAUCCCCGCAAACAAUGCGGUUUAAAUUUUCUUUCCUUGUAAUAACAGUCUACCUUAUUUGUAUCACCUUUUCAGAUUGAUGCCAAGAAGGAGCAGAUCAGCGAAGUGACCCGCGAGGCAAAACAGAUCAAAGCUGACUGGAAACAUUCCAAACAGGCGUCUCAAAAAGUACAGUACGAAAAAUUAAAAAAGCGGCUGGCCACUUUAAAAGAACAGCUACUCAAGCUCCAGGUGCAGGCUACGGAUCGCGAUGAAAAUAAGGACAUUGCCCUCUCGACCAGUAAAUUGAAUUACCUUGACCCCCGCAUUACAAUUGCUUGGUAAGUCUUUUGAGGUUCUGUUGAGGGAUUCCUGUUAAAGCACAAAUAGUCCGUUGUUUCUAGACUUUUGCCUCUGGUGUUGAAUAUCAAUGGCACAGUUGGCGUGAUGCUCCGAUCCUCUCUUAGAAUUCUGCCGAGUACGCAACUACCUAAACCACGGAGUAACAUGGCGCUGAACCUUAGUAUGUCUUCCUAUUUAGGUUGUCGGAAGGCAGAGAUGUUCAUGACGUCUUGGUGCUGUUUGCUCUUUUGUCGCAAACUUAACUUUACAUUUUCCCACCUGAAUAAGUUGCUCUCAAUGUACCCACCGCCCGCCUAGAAUCUACUUUAUCGCAGUCCAGAUUAACACUGUUGAGUAUGUGUGCUCUAGCCUUAUCCGAGCGGUCCCAUUUCACUGGUGAUAGCAACUGUAGGAUUCAUAAUUUCCUCUUGGAGAUGUCUUUGGUUUUAUUGUGAAAGGCCAUCAUUCUAGGUUGCAAUUGUAGCGACAAGCCUAACCUGAUCACUGCAUGCAUCCAUGUGCUAUCAGCAAGUCCGUUCGGACUUUGUUUGUUCCUUAGAGAGCGGCUCACUUGGACUUUGAAUCAAACGGUUGCUUUUUGGGUCUAUAGGCCGCACUUUGGCCGUCUUUAUAUGGCUAUAAGACUUGGUCCUAACUCCCCGCACGCUUACCCACUUUCUCUUCCAUCACCGAUUUUCAUUUUGCCACCCCUACUUCCCGGUAUUUCUUUCUAACGUCUUACAGGUGCAGGAAGCUUAAUGUCCCGGUGGAAAAGGUGUAUAACAAGACACAACGGGACAAAUUUCAGUGGGCCAUCCAAAUGACCACUGAAGACUUCAAGUUCUUGGAUGUCUUGUCAGACAAAAACAAGGGACCACCAAAGCCUGAGGAAAGUGAUGAGGAUGUUGAAGCUGAUGGGGACAACGAUUAUUGA